AUGGCAAGAAAUUUUAAUUCUUGCUUCACCAAGAUGAAAUCCCCACCGUCGCCCGAACACAACAACCUCCCAUCUCGGAAUCACAGCAGUCGCCGCCUCGUCGACAACCUCCUCGCCGCCUCCACCGCACCGCCUCCCGACUUUGCCACCGUCGCCGCCUCUCGACGAUUCUUCUUCUCCUCCCCCGGUCGCUCCAACUCCAUCGUCGACUCCUCCAUCGAGUCGUCGUCGUCUCCCGAGAACCCGGGAGUCGGGAUAGCCGUGACCACGUACUCGCCCGAUCCGUUUGCAGACUUCCGCAGGUCCAUGCAGGAGAUGGUCGAGGCGCGCGAGUUCUGUGGCGUGAGCGAGGAUUGGGGAUACCUACACGAGCUCCUCACGUGCUACCUCUCACUCAACCCGACGAGCACGCACAAGUUUAUAGUCGAGGCGUUUGCCGACCUCCUCGUCAGCCUUGUCAAGGAGGAGGAAGAGACUCGUCGGGACAUGCGCUUCUCGACUGUCUUGGAAUGUCGGGUUCAAGAACUUUAA